AUGAUAUCUAAUCCAUUACUUAAUUUAAAUUUGUCUAAUGAUGACAUUCAAAAAUCGGAAAAAAAUAAUAAAAGAUUGACAAAGAGUCAAAAAAAGGUGAUUGCUCGUGAGAACAGAAAAUUGAAGUUAAAAUCACAACGUGUUGAGGAAAGGAAAAGACAAAGAAGCCAGGCUUCAUUACAAAGAAAGGAAUUUUUAAAUUCCAUGACUGAAGAUGAAAGACGUUCAUAUAUAUUAAGAGAACGUUUUCUAGAAGAGCAUAAGAAAUUUUUUCUUUCAAAAUUUUCUAUUUCUCAAUUUUCUGAUUAUAAAUUUGAGAAAACAGGUAAUCCACAUAUCUGUUUUAAUUUUAGUUUUGAAAACAAAAUGACUGAAAAAGAAAUGAAUUCUUUAAUUCGCCAGAUCUCGCUUUCUAAUAGUUAUAUGAUGAGAUCUCUAAAGAUUGUUGAUACUGAGAACCCCGAUUCAGAUGCAAUGAAAACUUUAUUGGAAUUAGCUCCUAAUUCAGAAACAUCAAAGUCAUAUUAUAAUAGGUUCAAUUGGAAAGGGUGGGUUGAUUUUCACAUCUCUUCAAUUAAAUUAGAUGAUGAAUUUCACAAAAUAGGUGUCCAAAAGUAUUCUAUGGAUAAAUGGUUUAUGAAAUUUCAUGAAAAGCCAUUUUGGGAAGUUUUUCCUUUAAGUCAAAUAGUAGUCCUUUCUCCUGAUUCAUCAGAAGAACUCGAAGAAUUUGAACCUGAUAAAAUAUAUAUUAUUGGAGGCCUAGUUGACAGAACAGUUACAAAAUAUGAAUCCUUAAAUCAAGCUUUAGAAAAGAAAUGUAUAUGCAAGAAACUGCCUAUAAAAUCGUUAAUUAGCGGUAGAGCUAAUUGUAUCUUAAAUGUAAAUACAGUAGUUGAAAUAUUAAUUAACAGGUAUCACCAAAACGAUUGGAAAACUUCCAUUUUACAAGCUAUUCCUGUUAGGAAAGCUCAAAAUCAUAGUAGAAGAGCCAUUAAAAAACAGAAACUCACAAGUUCAUCAUCUAAUUGA